UACGUUCAGGACUUUAUAAAGAUAUGACCUCAAAAGAACAUCAGUAUUUUAGCAUAAAUAGAAUUCUGCUGCUCAUAGUCGGCUCAUGGCCUUAUCAACAAUCUAUUUUCGCUAAAUUUCAGUAUAUUGUCAUCUGUGUUAUACUAUUAUCAAAUAUUAUAUUCCAGCUGACUUCAUUUCUAACAUUACAUUGUACUGUGGAAGUUAUUGUGAGGAUUUUGGCUAUUGUAACUUUUUUCAGUGUUGCUAUAAUACAGUAUAUUAUAUUUCAUUUUAAUAUUGAAGGUGUGAAGGAUUUACUGAUGCAGCUUCAGCACAUACACAAUGAAUUAAAAAAUAAAAAUGAAAUCGCUAUUAUAAAAAAAUAUGACUGCAUUGCAAAACGUUAUGUAAUUGGGCUUAUAGCAGUUGGAAUUUGUGGAAUAUUUUUAACUGUUAUCACUGAACUUAUUUUGAGUAUAAUAGAUAUUCAAUCAUCGACAAAUGCAUCUCGAUCACACUUUUUUCUACUUAAAAUGGAGUAUUUCAUUGAUCAAGAAAAGUAUUUUUAUUUCAUUUGGGUGCAUAUCAACGCAACUAUUUCCAUUAUCACAAUUACACUGGUAGCAAAUGGGACAAUGCUCAUUGCAUACAUUCAACAUGUCUGUGGAGUUUUUAGAAUUGCUAGUUAUCGUAUGAAAUAUGGAAUAAAUAUCAACGUUCUACAGAAUGUCAUGCUAAAAAAUAAAGUCUGGAUGAUCAAGCAUAUAAGUUAUGCCGUAGACAUUCAUCGGCAAGCUAUGAAAUUGAUGAAACAGUUAAUGAUAAUAUUGAACAAAAUGAUGUUUUGCUUAAUAGUAUUUGGCGUAGCUACCUUGAGCCUCAAUUUGUAUCUCCUGGUAUUGGCAAAAAAUAAUAUUCACAUAUUUCUAUUGACGUGCGUAAUUGUGUUCGUAUGUAUUCUAUAUAUGUUUUUAGCUAAUAACAUGGGACAGAUUAUAAUUGAUCACAAUAAUCAUGUAUUCAUUUCUGCGUACAACGCACAAUGGUAUAAAACUCCUAUACAAGUACAAAAAAUGAUAUUGUUCAUAUUACAAAGACGAUCCAAGGCAUUUACUUUAAAUGUCGGUAGACUCUUUGACGCAUCUAUGGAGGGUUUCGCCACGGUAAAACUUCAAAAAGAUAUGAUUUCGAAAGAAAAUCAGUAUUUCAGCCUAAAUAGAAUUCUACUGCUCAUAAUCGGCUCAUGGCCCUAUCAACAAUCUAAUUUCGCUAAAUUUCAGUAUAUUAUCAUCUGUGCUAUAAUGAUAUCAGGUAUUAUAUUUCAGGUGAAAGAUUUACUGAUACAACUUCAGCACAUAUACAAUGAAUUAAAAAAUGAAAAUGAAAUCGUUAUUAUAAAAAAAUAUGACAACAUUGCAAACCGUUAUGUAACUGUACUUGCAGCUAUUGGAAUUUGUGGAAUAUUUUCAAGUAUAAUAAGUCAAUUUUUAAUGAAUGUGGUGAAUGUUGAUUCAUCGACAAACGCAUCUCGAUACUUUUUUCUGUUAUCAAUGGAGUAUUUCAUCGAUCAAGAAAAGCAUUUUUAUUUGAUUUUAUUGCAUAUCAAUAUAAUUGUAAUCAUUAGUACGACUGCAAUGGUAGCAAAUGGUACAAUGUUAAUUGCGUAUAUUCAACAUAUUUGUGGGAUAUUUAGAAUUGCUAGUUAUCGUAUAAAAUAUGCAAUAAAUAUCAACAUUCUACAUAAUGUCACGCCAAAAAAUAAAAUCUGGAUGAUCAAACAUAUAAGUUAUGCCGUAGACAUUCAUCGGCAAGCUAUGAAAUUGAUGAAACAGUUAAUGACAAUAUUGAACAAAAUGAUGUUUUGUCUAAUAGUAGUUGGUGUAGCUUCCUUGAGCCUCAAUUUGUAUCAUAUGGUAUUGUUAAAAACUAGUUUUGAGACUCUUCUAUCGCCAAGCGUACAUACGUUUGUGUGUAUCUUAUAUAUGUUUUUAGCUAAUCAUAUGGGGCAGAUUAUAAUUGAUCACAAUAAUCAUGUAUUUAUUACUGCAUACAACGUAGAAUGGUAUAAAACUCCUGUAGCAGUACAAAAAAUGAUACUGUUUGUAUUACAAAGACGAUCAAAGCCGUUUACUCUAAAUGUCGGAGGACUAUUUGAUGCAUCCAUGGAGGGUUUCGCCACGUCAUACAUUCAGUACAGUGACAAAAUGAAUUUGAAUUUAUUGCCAUCAGUAAAGGAACAGUUAAGGCGGUUCAUACUUAUACAAAAAAGUAUAUUUUUGUGGAAGUUGCGCGUAGUCAGAUAUUAUGUGGUUAAAAAAGAAUGUACAAGAUUAAAUUAUUUAAAUUAUUUAAAAUGUUAAUACAAAUUUCGAUAACAUAUCCAAAUCGGUUCAUGUACUUUAUAUAGUUCAACUAUAAACAAUAUAAAAUAUGUAAUUAUUUUACAAUGCCUGCAUGUAAUAUUUAUUUACGAGGAAUUUGAAUAAUGCAUUAAACAUUAGACUUGCAUAAUUUAUUUUGCACACAAUUUAUAGAAAUAAUUUAAUUUAUUUUUUUCAAUAACGAAUACGUGAUAAGAAAUAAAAAAGAAUAAUAAUAUUGUCAGAGCAC